AUGAGUGGAACACUUCCUUCAUGUUUAGGCAGCUUAAGCAAUUCAUUGGUGGAAUUAAAUUUGAGACGAAAUAAAUUUCAUGGCAUAAUGAUGAAUGCAUUUAGGCAUGGAAGCCUGUUGGAAAGUAUUGAUUUGAGCGAGAAUAGAUUUGUGGGUCAGCUACCACGAUCAUUAACAAAUUGUACCAAUCUAGAGGUUCUCUCUCUUGGAGACAACUCUAUCGAUGACAUUUUUCCUUCUUGGCUGGGACUUCUCCCCAAGCUUCAAGUUCUUGUUUUGCGGUCCAACAAAUUUCAUGGUCCAAUUCAAGAUUCAACAACUGCUUGCUCACAGUUCCCUAAGUUGCGGAUCAUGGACCUUUCUAACAACGGUUUUAGUGGUCGAUUGCACCAUAAAUUCUUCCACACAUGUUUAGCUAUGAAAUCAAUUGGAGAAUCGUUUGUUCUGGAAACAACAAUGUCCUUCAGCUCAUUCAACACAAAGUCGCCAUACACGAUGACAUUAAUAUACAAAGGUUUCAGAAGAGAGUACGAAGAGAUUUUAACCUUAUUCACGGCUGUUGAUCUCUCUUGCAACCAUUUUGAAGGAGAAAUCCCGCUAUCACUCCAAGAUCUUAGAGGGAUUGAAUCACUCCAUCUUUCCAACAAUCAUUUUACCGGGUAUAUCUUUCCAUCGUUAGGGUACUUGAAGAAUCUUGAAUCGUUGGAUCUCUCCCAAAACAAGCUAUCCGGAGAAAUUCCUCAACAGUUGGUGCAACUAGGCUUCCUUGCCAUUUUCAACGUGUCAACAAACCAUCUUGAUGGACGCAUACCCCAAGGGAAACAGUUUGAUACAUUUGACAACAGCUCCUACAAGGGGAAUCCACGAUUGUGUGUACAUCCUUUAUCCAAGGAAUGUCAAGAUUCAAAGGCAUCAAUACAUCCACCAGCAAGCAAUACAUCUGAGGCUGUUUCUCUCCUCCCAAGCGAAAGAAUUGACUGGAUUAUCAUAUUCUAUGGAGUUGGAAGCGGGAUGGUUGUUGGGAUUGUUUUUGGAAACUUUCUAUAUACAAAGUAUUAUGAUAGGUUCAGGAAGAGGAAGGACAGAUGGGUAAGGCCACUUCGUAACACGAGGAGAAACGAAGGUACAAGGUUUUCUGAAAUGCACGUUUUACGAUCGUGA